AUGCUUCAGGUAGAUUUUCAAUGUAUACGAUUUUUUCCAGAAGAGCCGAUAUCGCUGGAAGAGGCGGCGCUGUCCGCGCAUGCGAUGGCCCAGCCGAGUCGUAAGAGCUACGUGCACGGCUGCUCACAAAUACCUUUGCUCUUCGAGACCGUGGGCGAACGGUUGCGAAGUGCAGUCGAUCAGACUCCAAACAAAGAAUUUGUCAUUUUUAAACGGGAAAAUAUUCGGCGGACAUACUAUCAGCUCUUAAAAGACGCUGAACGUCUAGCAUGUGGCCUGAUUCACCUUGGUGUGGAAAAGGGCGAUCGUGUUGGUAUCUGGGGACCGAACACCUAUCAAUGGGUGACGGCUCAAUUCGCCACCGCUCUUGGAGGAAUGGUUCUGGUAAAUAUCAACCCCUCGUACCAAUCAGAAGAACUACGAUUUGCUCUUGGCAAGGUCGAUAUCAAAGUUUUGAUUACUCCUCCUGGUUUCAAGAAGUCCAAUUACUACCAGAGCGUCAGGGACGUGAUUUCGGAAAUUGGACUGAAGCCACCUGGUCGAAGCGAUGUGUCUUCAUCAUGCUUCCCUGUAUUCCGUCACUUGAUAAUCUUCGACCCAGAAGAUAAAGCUUAUCCCGGCGCAUGGCGAUAUAGCGACGUGAUGCGUAUGGGAACGGCUGACGAUCGGUUGAAAUUGGCGAAAAUCGAACGCGAAAUUCAACCUGAUGAUCCGAUCAAUAUCCAAUAUACGAGUGGAACGACAGGCCAACCGAAAGGCGCCACGCUGACGCAUCACAACGUGCUGAACAACGCCUACUUCAUCGGUAUUCGUGCCGGCUAUCAUGAACAGAAAACGAUAAUAUGCAUUCCGAAUCCCUUGUAUCAUUGUUUCGGAUGUGUGCUCGGCGUACUGGCUGCUCUCACUCAUCUUCAAACAUGUGUCUUCCCUGCACCAUCGUUCGAGGCCCUGGCAGCGCUUCCAAGCUGUUGA